AACGCGCGGCGGGCGGCAACCUCAUCAUGAGCGUGCGGGUGGCGCGGGCCGCGUGGGCCCGGGGCUGGGGCGCCGGCUGCCGCCGCGGCGCCGCGGACUUCCCGCUGCCCCCGCCGCGCGCCGUGGACGUGGCGGAGCUGCUGCGAGACGCCACGGCCGCGGAGGAAGGCCCGCGGGAGGUGGCGGCGCGGCGGCCGCCGGGCCAGUGCUCGGUGCUGCUCUUCCCGGGCCAGGGCAGCCAGGUGGUGGGCAUGGGCCGGGGGCUGCUCCGCUACCCGCGCGUCCGCGAGCUCUACGCCGCCGCCCGCAGCGUGCUGGGCUACGACCUGCUGGAGCUGAGCCUGCACGGGCCGCAGGAGGCCCUGGACCGCACCGCGCACUGCCAGCCCGCCGUCUUCGUGGCUUCGCUGGCCGCCGUGGAGAAGCUGCAUCACCUGCAGCCCGCGGUUAUUGAGAACUGUGUUGCUGCUGCCGGAUUCAGUGUGGGAGAAUUUGCAGCCCUAGUAUUUGCUGGAGCCAUGGAAUUUUCUGAAGGUUUGUAUGCAGUGAAAGUCCGAGCCGAGGCCAUGCAGGAAGCCUCGGAAGCUGUCCCCAGCGGGAUGUUGUCUGUCCUCGGCCAGCCUCAGUCCAAGUUCACUUUCGCCUGUUUAGAAGCCCGGGAACACUGCAAGACUUUGGGCAUAGAGAACCCCGUGUGUGAGGUGGCCAACUACCUGUUUCCUGAUUGCAGGGUGAUCUCAGGACACCUGGAGGCGCUGCAGUUCCUCCAGAAGAAUUCCUCCAAGUAUCACUUCAGACGCACCAAGAUGCUGCCCGUUAGCGGGGGGUUCCAUACCCGCCUCAUGGAGCCAGCCUUGGAGCCCCUGGCACAAGUUCUAAAGUCGAUUGGUGUCAAGAAGCCUCUGGUUUCCGUCCACUCGAACGUCGAUGGGAACAGAUACAUGCAUCCCAAACACGUCCAGAAACUGCUGGUGCGGCAGGUGGUCUCCCCGGUGAAGUGGGAGCAGACGAUGCAUGCCAUAUACGAGAGGAAGAAAGGCACGGAGUUCCCCCAGACUUUUGAAGUGGGCCCUGGGAAUCAGCUGGGGACCAUCCUGAAGAGCUGUAACCUGCAGGCUUGGAAGUCCUACAGGCCCGUGGAGGUGCUGGAGGACGGGACCUAGACCAUGCCCCCCGGCGGAUCUCCUGGUGCCCGGGGCGGCGGCGGCGCAGCUUGGGAGGGAGAAGGGGACCCAGGAGGGGCUGCAGCGGGCCUGGACCUGCCCUGCCUGUCCCCUGGCUUCCUCCUCCGAGUGACUGGGAGGCAGUGUUUGCAAAGUGGUUUGAAGGCCACAUAAAAAGCACUGAAAGUGAGUUAUUUCUUUACCUGCCAAGGUCCGUUUCUCGCCCCCCUCGCCCCCAGGCCUGUUCCAAGGCUGGGGGGAAAGCUGCGGCCAGGCCAGAAGAGUCUGCCUGGAGGCCGACCUCACACCGCUGGGCUCCGGUGGCUCCUCUGUGGGCUGGGAAGGCUUGGCCCGUGGCCUGUCACUCCACCCACAGCCAAACCUCAGCCCUUUCAUCACGGAAAGCAAAGGGCUUUCAAGACACAACUGGCCGGGGCAGCCAUCCUGUCCACCCCUCUCUCCGUAGUUGGGAGACUCGGUCCCACAUUUGUUUAUCUACCCAACAGAUGGUAUUGAGCACCUGCUGUCUACCUGUAAGCAAGUGGCCUCUGCCCUGGUGGGGAAGAGUCGGUAGAGUCGGUAGCCAGGCGGGAAGGGUCUGGGGAGGCUGGCUGAGGGCCCUGUUUCCUCCCCCACCCCCAGGCAUCCCUGCAGACAGUGAUCCCUAAGUGUCUACUCUGUGGCCGUGACCUCCCGUGGCACAGGCCACCCCCCCUAGCGCUUCUCUGCCCUCUCCACACCGUAGCAAAGCGCAGCCUCUCGGUGGACGCUGCUCCUGCACUGAUACUAAACAGGAGUCAUUCUAAGCUCCUCGGUGGCUUUUUCCUUCAUCAGUGAUAGUGGGAAACCCACUCAGGUACGGGAUCUCUGCAUUUGUCUGUAAUUGUCUGUGUAGACACCCCCCAAAUCCCGGGUAGGUUUCUCAUUUUUAAUUCCGCAGGGUUUCUCAGCAGGGGCCCUGUCCGCCUCUGGGCCGAACUGGCUCACGAUGUGAGCCGCUGUCCUGGCUCCCAGCCACUCGGUGCCAGUGACCCUUCCAGAUGUCGUGACCCCCGCACAUGCCCACGUGUGUCCGCAGCACCGGCUCCGAGCCCCUGUGAAUAGGACCACGGAACCCGAUCUUCCCCACAGCCUGAGUCUGAGUGUUCUCUGGAGUUCAGUGACGAUCUCUUACAACUCCCAUUUUAGGGCGCCUGGUGGCUCAGGCGUUAAGCAUCUGCCUUCGGCUCAGGUCAUGAUCCCAGGGUCCUGGGAUCGCGCCCCGCAUCGGGCUCCCCGCUCAGUGGGAAGCCUGCUUCUCC